UCCUCCUCCUCCUCCUCCUCCUCCCCCACCCCAACACCCACCGACCGCAGCAAGCCAGCCUACCUCGUGCUCCUCGGCUGCAUGCUCGUGCAAGCGCCGAUAUGGGGGUACUCCCUCGCCUUCGGCAUCUUCCAAGAAUACUACACCUCCAACGCCGCCGGAAUCGCCUCCCUUCGGGGCCCCCACGACGCCGCCGCCAUCGCCCCCAUCGGCACCUCCCAGACCGGCGUGCUCUACCUGAUGAUGCCUGUCGCCUUCACCCUGCUAACGCGCUUCCCGCGCCUGCGACAGUGGUUCGGUCCCUUGGGCCUGGUGCUGACGAGCGGGUGCCUGCUGGCGUCGUCGUUUGCGACGACGGCGGCGCAGCUGGUCGCGGUGCAGGGCGUGCUGCACGCGGUGGGCUGCGGGCUGCUGUUCAGCUCGACGUCGCUGUGUCUGGACGAGUGGUUUGCGGAGCGGAAGGGGCUGGCGUACGGGGCCAUGUGGUCUGGUAAGAGCGGCUUUGGCGCGGGUAUGCCGUUUAUGACGAGCGCGCUGCUCAACCGCUACGGUGCCCGGACGACGCUGCGGAUCUUUUCCGUUGGUUCGGCGGUCUUGACGAUUCCGCCGCUGCUUCUUAUGCGUCCCCGUCCUGCUGCCGAUGAUACCACCACCGCCACCAGCACGUCAGAAGGAGAAAACGCCGUCGAAAGCAGCAACAACCGCAGCCGCGGCCGCGUCUCCUUCUCCUUCAUCUACCACCCCACCUUCUGGGUCCUGCAAUUCGGCAACAUCCUUCAAUCUCUCGGGUACCUCAUGCCCUCCACGUACCUCGCCUCCUACGCGACCCUCCUCGGCUUCCCCUCCAUCACCGGCCCCAUCUUCCUCGCCCUGAUCUCCCUCGCCUCCGUGCCUGGCUCCCUCCUCAUCGGCCUGCUUAACGACCAGCCGAAAUUCAAGCCCACGACCGUGAUCCUCAUCUCCUCCCUCGGCAGCGCUUUACCAGUUUUCUUGCUCUGGGGCCUCGGUGGUGGCAAUGGCAAUAGUAGCAACAGUAGCGGCGGCAGUAGUGACAGCGGUAGCACCAGCACCAGCCACCUCGCAAUCCUCGUCCUCUUCACCCUCCUCUACGGCUUCUUCGCCGGCGGCUUCAGCUCCACCUGGUCCGGCAUCCUGCACGAGCUGAAGCGCACCUCUACCACCACCUCUUCUUCUUCCACCGACCCCCACAUCGACACCGGCCUCAUCUUCGGCAUGCUCCUUGGCGGCCGCGGCCUCGGCUUCGUCCUCUCCGGCCUCGUCGGCCCCGCUCUGCUGAAAGCGAGCCCCAGCAACCCCAACAACCCGCUGCGCGUCACGGGCGCGGCCGCCGAUUUCUCCGGCUACGCGACGCAGUACGGCCCCAUGAUCAUCUACACGGGGUUCACGGCGCUGCUCGGCGGCUGGGCUUGGUUCUGGUCGGCGGGGAAGCGCGUGAUGAGGGUUUUGUGAUGAAGAGGACGAGGACGAGGGCGAGGGGGUCGAGUCAGUCCGCCUUCAGCCAUUUACUCGUAUGCUAGGAAUAUUAGGCAUCUUAGAUAGGUACCUACUUUUAGGGUAAUGUGUGUGUACUACUGUAGGUAUCUACCUAGCCAGGAGAAAAGUAAGGAUCAUGUAACCGGUACCUAUUACUCGUUAAGAGGUUGUGGCGUAAGAGUCAGAAAGACAGCAGGGAGCAUGACCUUAUCAUACUAGAAGAGGCCCGUCACUUAUUACGCAGACGUAGCAGAUAGAUGCUACCAGGUAGGUACAGCACAUAGGUACAAUGGAAACAUAAUCGUCACAAAAAAACAUGAAUGUGUCA